CAUGAGUGAUCCAGAAGCCUGGAGAAUAAAAUAUGAAGAUACUGAGGAAGAAAGAGAUUGGUGUCCAUUCUUGAUUCUAAAUAAACAGGAACAAUUUAAAUCUGAAAUGAAAGAGUUUGUGAAAGAGGAAGGUGAGAACAUGAGUGAUGCAGAAUCCUGGAGAAUAAAACAUGAAGAUACUGAGGAAAAAAGAGACCUGAUGGACAUUAAGGAAAGUGAAUUGGAGGAGAAACCUCAUGAUUUUCUCACUGGAGAAACAUCUUUGAGUAGCUCUCGGACUGAAAAUGUCUUACAAAUCAGAACUCAACAAUCAAAAGCCAUAAAUGCUUUCACCUGCCCUCAUUGUGGAAAGACUUUCACACAAAAAACAAACCUUAAGAGGCACAUAAGAAUUCAUACUGAAGAGAAUCCCUUUACAUGCCAACAGUGUGGAAAGACUUUCAGAUAUAAAGAAAACCUUAAGAGGCACAUAAGAAUUCAUACUGAAGAGAAUCCUUUUACAUGCCAACAGUGUGGAAAGAGUUUCAGACUUAAAGAAAACCUUAAGAUCCAUUUGAGAGUUCACACUGGAGAGAAACCUUUCACAUGUGUUCAGUGUGGAAAGAGUUUCAGACAAAAAGCAAGCCUUAAGAUCCAUUUGAGAGUUCACACUGGAGAGAAACCUUUCACAUGUGUUCAGUGUGGAAAGAGUUUCAAACAAAAAGCAAACCUUAAGAUCCAUAUGAGAGUUCACACUGGAGAGAAACCUUUCACAUGUGUUCAGUGUGGGAAGACUUUCAGACAAAAAGAAAACCUUAAGAUCCAUAUGAGAGUUCAUACUGGAGAGAAACCGCUCUCAUGUGAUCUGUGUGGAAAGACUUUCAGACAAAAAACAAACCUUAAGAUCCAUAUGAGAGUUCACACUGGAGAGAAACCUUUCACAUGUGAUCUGUGUGGAAAGAGUGUCACACAAAAAGAAACCCUUCAGAGCCACAUGAUGGGUCACACUGGAGAGAAACCGCUCGCAUGUGAUCAGUGUGGAAAGACUUUCAGACAUAAAACAUACCUUAAGAGACACAAAAGAAUUCAUUCUGAAGAGAAUCCUUUCACAUGCCAACAGUGUGGAAAGAGUUUUAGACAUAAAGAUAACUUAAAUAAGCACAUGACAACACACAGUGGAGAGAAGCCGCAUGCAUGCCAACAUUGUGGAAAGAGUUUCAGACAAAAAGAAAACCUUAAGAGCCACAUGAGCGUUCAUACUGGAGAGAAACCGCACGCUUGUGAUCAGUGUGGAACGAGUUUUACGUGUAAAAGGAACCUUAAGAAUCACAUGAGAAUCCACACUGGAGAGAAGCCAUACACAUGUGAUCAGUGUGGAAAGAGUUUCACACAAAAACAAAUCCUUAUGAGACACAUGAGAGUUCACACUGGAGAGAAGCCGCACACAUGUGAUCAGUGUGGAACGAGUUUUACGUGUAAAAGGAACCUUAAGAAUCACAUGAGAAUCCACACUGGAGAGAAGCCAUACACAUGUGAUCAGUGUGGAAAGAGUUUCACACAAAAACAAAUCCUUAACAAUCACUUGAGAAUCCACACUGGAGAGAGGCCAUACACAUGUGUUCAGUGUGGAAAGAGUUUCAACCAAAAACGAAUCCUUACGAGACACAUGAGAAUCCACACUGGAGAGAAGCUGCACAUGUGAUCAGUGUGGAAAGAGUUUCAAAAGGUCACAAAGUCUCCACGAUCAUCUGCUCUCUCACAAAGAUCAUUUAACUGUGAUCAGUGCGGUAAAAAGUUUGCUGUGAAAUCAGCCCUGAAGCAACACCUGAGAGUUCAUGCAAAGGAGAAGCAUGAUUGUUCUUUGUGUGAAAAGAGUUUUUCACAUUUGGUGAACCUGAAAAGGCAUGAGAAAAUACACAGCUGUGUGAAGGAUUAUAUGUUCUGUGAGUGUGGAAAGACUUUUACUGCUUCCAAAGAUUUGAAACGACACCAAAGAAUUCACACUGGAGAGAGGCCAUACACAUGUGUUCAGUGUGGAAAGAGUUUUAACCAAAAACGAAUCCUUACGAGACACAUGAGAAUUCACACUGGAGAAAAACCUCACGUGUUCACACUGUGACAACCAGAGGUGGGACUACAGGACAGGAAAGGCAGGCAAUUGCCUGGGGCUCCAAACUGUGAAAGGGCAUCCCGUGGGCAGCAAUUACAGUAGUUCACAUCAACAACACUUGAAACCAAUGGUUGGCAAUGCUUGGUAGACUAGAACGACAUUUACGUUUAACUUUACCCCAUACCUUUAUCUAUGAUCAAAUACAAGCAGGG